CGUCCUACAAGCAACAGCCAUGCGUCGUACUCGCCUGGUGAUCUUGCCUGGGGCGCGCUGCCUCACUAGGCUGUUCUGCCUGCUGCUCUACCUCGCCUGUCCCAACAUCUGUGCUGAAGGUCUGGAGCAGCCCGAAUGUCGCCUGGCGGACUACAACAUGCCUGUGCUUGAAAACAUCGUGCUAGAAACGGAUGACCCUGGAGAGAGCUACAAGGGGAAGCCGGACGGAUAUCAUAGGGACCAAGAACAUGAGAAUGGAACAUGGAAAGGCUAUGCUAUGUACAAAGAUACGUGUUUGAAACCCUCUGUAUUACAAAAGAUGGAACCUGAUGCGCUUUUAUUAUUAUUUUCAUUGGAUUCGCCAAUUUCAUAUACAAACUCAUAUAACUACCAAAAUGCUAAACUUAAUUCGUUAAAAAUAAGAAUGAACAGAAUGCUUCUGACAAAACACUCUGAACUGCACACUUCGGACGGCCCAACUGGACAACGAAACACUAUUUUAUCUUAUAAACGUCAAGAUCAACGGAUAGCUACUGAAAGACGUGAUGCUCGAUCUCUUAAUUCAGAACAACGAGAAAUAAGGAUCUCUGCUGAACGACGUGAAGCUCGCUCUGUUGAUCGACUUGAAUCUCGCUCUGCUGAUCGACGUGAAGCUCGCCCUGCUGAACGACGUGAAUUACGAAUCCUGUCUUCUGACCGAAGAAAUGCAAGGAUCUCUGCUGAACAACGUGAAGCUCGCUCUGUCGAACGACGUGAAGCUCGCUCUGAUGAUCGACGUGAAGUUCGCUCUGCUGAUCGACAUGUUGCUCGCUCUGCUGAACAACGUGAAUCACGAUCUCUGUCCUCAGACCGGAGGGAUGCAAGAACCUCUGCUGAACGACGUGAAUCACAAAUUCCAUCCUCUGGCCAAAGGUAUGGAAGGAUAUUUACUGAAAGACGUGAAGCUCACUCUGCUAAACGACGAGAAGCUCGCUCUGCUGAACGACGUGAAUUACGAAUCAUAUCUUCUGACCGAAGAAAUGCAAGGAUCUCUGCUGAACGACGUGAAGCUCGCUCUGCUGAACAACGUGAAUCACGAAUCCUGUCUUCUGACCGAAGAGAUGCAAGGAUAUCUGCUGAACAACGUGAAGCUUGCACUGCCGAACGACGUGAAGCUCGGUCUGUUGAUCGACGUGAAGCUCGCUCACUUGAUCGACUUGAAGCUCGCUCUGCUGAUCGACGUGAAGCUCGCUCUGCUGAUCGACUUGAAGCUCGAUCUGCUGAUCGACGUGAAGCUCGCUCUGCUGAACGACUUGAAGCUCGCUCUGCUGACCGACGUGAAUCACGAUCACUGUCCUCAGACCGAAGAAAUGCGAGAAUCUCUGCUGACCGACGUGAAUCACGAUCUCUGUCCUCAGACCGAAGAGAUGCGAGAAUCUCUGCUGACCGACGUGAAUCACGAUCUCUGUCCUCAGACCGAAGAGAUGCGAGAAUCUCUGCUGACCGACGUGAAUCACGAUCUCUGUCCUCAGACCGAAGAGAUGCGAGAAUCUCUGCUGACCGACGUGAAUCACGAUCUCUGUCCUCAGACCGGAGAGAUGCAAGAAUCUCUUCUGACCGACGUGAAUCACGAUCUCUGUCCUCAGACGGAAGAGAUGCAAGAAUCUCUUCUGACCGACGUGAAUCACGAUCUCUGUCCUCAGACCGAAGAGAUGCGAGAAUCUCUGCUGAACGACGUGAAGCACGAUCUCUGUCCUCAGACCGAAGAAAUGCAAGGAUUUUAGCUGAUCGAGGUGAAGAUCACGUUGCCGAACGACGUGACACCCGCUCUGCCGAACCACGUGAAUCUCAAUCUCUGUCCUCAGAUCAAAGAGAUGCGAGGAUGCCUGCCGAUCGACGCGAAACUCGCUCUAAUGAACGACGUGAAUCACGAUCUCUAUCCUUAGAACAAAGAGAUGCAAGGAUCUCUGCCGAACGACGUGAAGCACGAUCUCUGUCUUCAGACAAAAGAAAAACGAGGAUCUCAGCUGAACAACGUGAAGCUCGUACCACAGAACAGCGCAAAACUCGAUCUCUUAGAUCAGAUCGACGGGACACCAGGAUCUCUGCUGAACGUCGAGAAACUCGAUAUCUUGGCUCAGAACGACGAGACACAAGAAUUUCUGAUGAACGUAGAGAAAGUCGAUCUCUUACCCCAGAACGACGAGAAGCACGAAUCUCUACUGAACGUGGAGAAGCUCGAUCUCUUACCUCAGAACGACGAGACGCAAGGAUCUCUGCCGAAAGUCGAGAAGCUCGAUCUCUUACUUCAGAACGACAAGGCGCAAGAAUCUCAGCUGAACAUCGAGAGGCUCGAUUUCUUACUUCAGAAAGACGAGACGCAAGAAUCUCUGCCGAACGUAGAGAAGCUCGAUCUCUUACCCUAGAACGACGUGACGCAAGAAUCUCUGCUGAACGUAGAGAAGCUCGAUCUCUUACCUCAGAACGACGAGACGCAAGGAUCUCUGCUGAACGUCGAGAAGCUCGAUCUCUUACCUCAGAACGACGAGACGCAAGGAUCUCUGCUGAACGUCAUGAAGAUCGAUCUCUUACCUCAGAACAACAAAACGCAAGAAUCUCUGCCGAACGUCGAGAAUCUCGAUCUCUUACCUCAGAACGACGAGGCGCAAGAAUCUCUGCCGAACGAAGAGAAUCUCGAUCUCUUACCUCAGAACGACGAGAUGCAAGGAUCUCUGCUGAACGUCGAGAAGCUCGAUCUCUUACCUCAGAACUACGAGACGCAAGGAUCUCUGCUGAACGUCGAGAAGCUCGAUCUCUUACCUCAGAACGACGAGACGCAAGAAUCUCUGCUGAACGUAGAGAAGCUCGAUCUCUUACCUCAGAACGACGAGACGCAAGAAUCUCUGCUGAACGUCGAGAAGCUCGAUCUCUUACCUCAGAACUACGAGACGCAAGGAUCUCUGCUGAACGUAGAGAAGCUCGAUCUCUUACCUCAGAACGACGAGAAGCAAGGAUCUCUGCUGAACGUAGAGAAGCUCGAUCUCUUACCUCAGAACGACGAGACGCAAGGAUCUCCGCUGAACGUAGAGAAGCUCGAUCUCUUACCUCAGAACGACGAGACGCAAGGAUCUCCGCUGAACGUAGAGAAGCUCGAUCUCUUACCUCAGAACGACGAGACGCAAGGAUCUCUGCUGAACGUAGAGAAGCUCGAUCUCUUACCUCAGAACGACGAGACGCAAGGAUCUCUGCUGAACGUAGAGAAGCUCGAUCUCUUACCUCAGAACGACGAGACGCAAGGAUCUCUGCUGAACGUAGAGAAGCUCGAUCUCUUACCUCAGAACGACGAGACGCAAGGAUCUCUGCUGAACGUAGAGAAGCUCGAUCUCUUACCUCAGAACGACGAGACGCAAGGAUCUCUGCUGAACGUAGAGAAGCUCGAUCUCUCACCUCAGAACGACGAGAAGCAAGGAUCUCUGCUGAACGUAGAGAAGCUCGAUCUCUUACCUCAGAACGACGAGACGCAAGGAUCUCUGCUGAACGUAGAGAAGCUCGAUCUCUCACCUCAGAACGACGAGAAGCAAGGAUCUCUGCUGAACGUAGAGAAGCUCGAUCUCUUACCUCAGAACGACGAGACGCAAGGAUCUCUGCUGAACGUAGAGAAGCUCGAUCUCUUACCUCAGAACGACGAGACGCAAGGAUCUCUGCUGAACGUAGAGAAGCUCGAUCUCUUAUCUCAGAACGACGAGACGCAAAGAUCUCUGCUGAACGUAGAGAAGCUCGAUCUCUUACCUCAGAACAACGAGACGCAAGGAUCUCUGCUGAACGUAGAGAAGCUCGAUCUCUUACCUCAGAACGACGAGAAGCAAGGAUCUCUGCUGAACGUAGAGAAGCUCGAUCUCUUACCUCAGAACAACGAGACGCAAGGAUCUCUGCUGAACGUAGAGAAGCUCGAUCUCUUACCUCAGAACGACGAGACGCAAGGAUCUCUGCUGAACGUAGAGAAGCUCGAUCUCUUACCUCAGAACGACGAGAAGCAAGGAUCUCUGCUGAACGUAGAGAAGCUCGAUCUCUUACCUCAGAACGACGAGACGCAAGGAUCUCUGCUGAACGUCGAGAAGCUCGAUCUCUUACCUCAGAACGACGAGACGCAAGGAUCUCUGCUGAACGUAGAGAAGCUCGAUCUCUUACCUCAGAACGACGAGACGCAAGGAUCUCUGCUGAACGUAGAGAAGCUCGAUCUCUUACCUCAGAACGACGAGACGCAAGGAUCUCUGCUGAACGUAGAGAAGCUCGAUCUCUUACCUCAGAACGACGAGACGCAAGGAUCUCUGCUGAACGUCGAGAAGCUCGAUCUCUUACCUCAGAACGACGAGACGCAAGAAUCUCUUUUGAACAUCGUGAACGAAAAGAUCUUUUAUUACCUUCUGCUGAACAACGAGACACUAAACACCUUUAUGCCAUGAGAGACGAUGCUAAGAUUCAUGAUAGUGAGGUUGAUGUUGGUUUACCUGUAAAUGACCAACUACCAAGUGACUUUAAAAUAUCUUCAACAGCAUCUGUCUUCUUCACAUCCGAAAAGGACUCUUUUAAGAUCAUGUCAGAUCCAAAUACCCAUGAAACCUUUCAUAAUUGGUUUUUGAGUGUAAUUUUUACUGGAUUGAAUGUUAUUAUUGUUGCAGCACUGCUUCUUCCAAACAAUGCAGAAGGAAUUAAAAAACAUAAGAAUGCAUUCUUUGGAUUUGAAAAACAAAACUGGAUGACAAGACUGGCUGGCUGUGUGUAAAUCAAAUAAGCUCUUCCUCUUCUACGAUUACAUCUGUCUACAUACUUAUUCAUGUCGUAUCAUGUAGUUUAGAUAUCGUGACGUCAUUAGACAAAGUAGUGCUGCAGCAACACCUUUGAAAAUGCUUUGUUUAUUUUCCUCAUGUUUUUGAAUUAUUGAUUCCUUUACAAAUCUUGAACUGCUUAGACUUAACAAUACCUGUAGUAGUUAAAAGACUUAAUCCAAACUGUAACAAAAUUCUUCCCAUUCUUAACCGGAGAGAGAAUUGAUAAUGUGAUAUUAGUGUAGACUGAGAUGAUAUUUUUCAACAUUAGUGGAUAAAAUGACUAUCAAAGUGGUUACUGUUUCGUAUUCUGAGCAAUGUUACACGUGUUAUAGAUUGAUAUUUUUGUAAAUAGACCAAAAUAACAUACUUUGUGAUUGGAUAUUCAGAGAUUUAUUAUCGUUGUGUCUAAUGUUUUGAGAAUAAAAUCUUAUAUUUCUCGUUAGAGGCAAUGUUACCGUAGCUAAGGCUGUUUGAUUUAUUAUUGAUUCUUAGCCUAUAUAGACUUUAGCAUGUGACUCAACCGUAGUGUAGAACUAUAUAACUAUGUGUUUCUAAUAAAUGUUAGCAAAG